CUCAGUUGCUCUCAAACGUUUGUCCGAACCAGGAUAAUUGUGUGCAGUGUCUGUAUAUCUAUAGUUGGAGAGACAUUUGUACCCUUACCCUCAAAAGCUUCCUUUGUGUGUCGUUGGAAGUUGGAAUAGCGGCAAGCCUGCCGACGGGUGAAUAGCGAUAGCGUGUGUGAUCAGUACUCGUAAAUCUCAGACUCAGACUUUUAAAAUAUUUCUCUUGUGCAUAUAGGAAGUUUUAAGUUUAAUAAUUUAAUUGUUAAUCUUACGUUUGCUACAACGAAUAAAUAAGCGAAUUAACGCAAUAAGAGAUACGAAAAAUAACUACGCACGAGGCGGAGUAAUAUGAGUAAUGCAGCCAACCAAAAUGGAUCAGGUCUAGAGCAGCGUUUAGCUGAUCUGGACUUGCAGGACUCCCAACAACCAAGUGGGGGUCGCUACGUACCACCGCAUUUACGCAAUAAACCUACUAACGGGACAUCUGGCAGAGAGGAACCCUCUUCCAAUUCGCGUUACCAGGAGAGAGACCGUGGGAAUUCACGCGAUCAGGAUCGUGACCGAGAUCAUGGUAGCAGUUACAGAGACGUGCGGGUCAAUCGGGACGUUGAUUUCGGUAACUUCGGGCGCAACAGACGCCCACAGGAGAACGGACGAGACUUUCGUUCCGGUGGAUACGGCGAGCGAGACCGUCCAGUGGGAAAUGAUCGGUGGAACGAGCAACAGAAAAACGACCGCUGGCAGGACAACAGAAAUGACUCACGCGGUGGAUCAAUGGGAGGCAGAUGGAAGGACGACUCCGAUCGUUCGGGAGGAAAAGGAGGCAGAGGCGAGGUGGACUGGACAGUUCCCACCACCCGAGACGAACGACUCGAGCAAGAGCUCUUUGGAAUCGGUAACACGGGUAUUAACUUUAGCAAAUACGAGGAUAUCCCGGUGGAGGCAACUGGUGAUAACAUACCACCCCACAUCACAUCAUUCAGCGAGGUCAAGCUGACAGAAAUUAUAAGAAACAGCAUUACCUUGGCUGGUUAUGAUACACCAACUCCGGUUCAAAAGUACGCAAUACCAAUAAUUAUUGGUCAUCGUGAUGUGAUGGCCUGCGCCCAAACCGGCUCCGGCAAGACUGCGGCAUUUUUAGUGCCAAUAUUAAACCAGAUUUAUGAGUGCGGUCCACUUCCACCGCCACCUCAGGCCUCUGGUGGUCGACGUAAACAAUAUCCUCUAGGUCUAGUAUUAGCUCCAACUCGUGAAUUAGCAACUCAAAUUUAUGAUGAGGCUCGUAAAUUUGCCUAUCGUUCACGCAUGCGACCUGCUGUCGUCUACGGUGGAUCCAAUAUCACCGAUCAGAUGCGCGAGCUGGAUCGCGGCUGUCACUUGCUUGUAGCUACACCCGGUCGGCUUGCUGACAUGCUCAGCCGUGGAAAAAUUGGACUACACAACUGCCGUUUCCUCGUACUGGAUGAAGCUGACCGCAUGUUGGACAUGGGUUUCGAGCCACAAAUACGACGUAUCGUCGAAGAGGACACGAUGCCAGGCACCGGUGAACGUCAAACUCUCAUGUUCUCAGCGACGUUCCCAAAAGAAAUUCAGAUGCUCGCUCGUGAUUUUCUCAGUAAUUAUAUUUUCCUCGCUGUUGGACGUGUCGGCUCCACCUCCGAGAAUAUUACGCAAAAAAUCGUGUGGGUGGAAGAGCACGACAAGCGAUCAUAUUUACUAGACUUAUUACAAGCAUCUUCUUAUGAAAACGCCGAGGAAUCUCUUACCCUUGUGUUCGUGGAGACUAAAAAGGGAGCAGACAUGCUCGAAGAAUUUCUCCACUCAAUGGGUUACCCGGUGACAAGUAUCCACGGUGACAGAUCACAGCGCGAGCGUGAGGACGCUCUGCGUAGAUUCCGUGGUGGCAAGACCCCGAUUCUCGUAGCGACCGCCGUCGCCGCACGUGGUUUGGACAUUCCUCAUGUUAAACACGUCAUUAAUUUCGACUUACCUGGUGACGUCGAAGAGUACGUUCACCGUAUCGGUCGUACCGGGCGUAUGGGUAACCUCGGACUCGCGACCUCCUUCUUCAACAGCAAAAACCAUAACUUAGUACGUGACUUGGUGUCACUGCUAGUCGAGGCUAAUCAAGAGCUUCCCCCGUGGCUCGACAACAUGUUUUCCGAGGCUAAGCACUCUGGAGGAGCUAGACGACCCGGUGGAACUACCAAGAACACUCGCUUCGGCAGCGGUGGAUUCGGUGCUAGAGAUUACCGUCAGCAGCCCAGUUCCGGAAUGGGAAAUCGCAACGGCCCUUCAAGCAGACCUGGUGGUUAUGGAGGGAGCUAUGGAGGUGGUGGCGGAUACGGAGGCAACUUCAACUCAUCAUACAAUACAGCUAAUAAUGGUGGCAAUUGUGGCGGUGGUACUGACUGGUGGGGAAAGUAGAUCAUUAUUAGAAAUUUCGUCGCUAUUUACUAUUAAUAUCUUUAUUAUUAUUAUUAAUUAAUUAAUUAUUAUACAUGAAAAUUCAACUAUAUGUAAGUGAGCGGCACAUAAACAUCGCGGUACUCGAAAAAACAAAAAAAACGUAAUGAAAGACAGUGUAUUGACGUAUAUUACAUUCACACUCGCUGAUUGCGUAUCAUGCCGAGUUUAAAUGCGCAAAUAUUAUUUUUUAAAAAAUUAAAAAAAGACUACCGUGGCUCAGUGUACUCGGCGGCUACUUUUUGUUCCUACGCAAUGAGCCGAGAUAAUAAAAGUCCCAAUUAUUUGUAUGCUGUUUGAUUAUCAUUUAAACCGUCAACGAAUUAUUGGGAUUUUUUAUUUUUGAUUAUUAGGUAAAUUUCAUAGAUUCACCCGAGUUUACUCAAUUUUUUAUCUUUUUUUUAGAGUUGACUCGAUAAUUCACAUUACUAUUAUUAUUAUAAUUAUUAUCAUAGAAAAAAAACCGCUUACUAACCAAAUUUCAUUAACCGUUAUUGCCAUUCUGAAUAAACAAAAAAAAAAAUACAUAAUGCUGUAGGUAAAUAAAAUUUAGUUGAAUUUUUUAGAAUUUUCACUUUAAAAAAAUUAAUUUCUGCGGGAUUCGUUGGCUCUGCUAUUAAAAAAAAUUUCAUUCACAAAAUGAUACGGCGAGCGUGCCUUUUAAUUAAUGAUAAAUAAUUAAAAAAAAAAAUUAAAUGAAUAAAUUAAAAUCUCCAAUACUAAAUUUAGAUUGAAAAAUACUUAAUUGUUUUAAAUUGAAUUGCAUUUAUCAGCUGUAUGCAAAGUAAUUAAAGUCUUUUAUGUGAAGACUUAUUGCACGCAUGCUUGAUCAUUUAAUGAAUUAUCAUUAUUAUUAUUAUUAAUAUUAUAAUUAAAAUUAUCUUCUUUAAUUAAUAUUAUUUAAUUUAAUCUCAAUUUAAACCACAAGAUUUUAAAAAAAUUGUCGACGAAUGGUACUGAGUUUUGCCGUCCCCACAAAAUAAACGCGCGAAAAAAAAUAGAGGAAUAAAUAAGGGAUAGGGUGAAAAAAAAUAAUUGUGGUCAUGCGACCGCUCAUUCAUUAGUCGGCAAGAAUGAAGACAACAACAACACCAACAACAAUUGAGUGUAAAAAACUCUGCAGGAUAAACGUGUUUAUAAAUAUUUAAAAUAAAACUCGUGCUUUUUUAAAUUUAAAAUAGUAUCCAAGUCUAUUGUAUCCUUAAAUAAUCAACAGACCGUAGAACAAACGAAAAAAUAAAUAAAAUAAAAUUUUCAUGUAGUAUUUAAACUGUCACUCGCUCGCGCAUUGACAGUAACUUAUUUAAUUAAUUAAUUAUCAGUGUUAAAUUAAUUAGUUUAGGUAAUAAUUAGACGGAAAAUAAAACAGUUUAUGAAUUUAAAAUCGCAGACGUACACAUGAUUAGCCUGCAUGAUAGGUAACAAUUCAGCUUCUGAGAAGAGAUAGCGAAUAAAUUUUAUUAAAAAAAUGAAAAUGAAGAAAAAAAUACGGUUGCAGUUACAGGAAUAAAAUAAUAGACAAGUUGAUAAUCACGAGAGUGCGAUUAUUUGAGUACGGGAAUAGUAAGAAGUCUAGAGGAAAAAAAACUAAAAUGAGUAAUUAAAUAAAUAAAAAUAAUGAGCUGCCGAAAACGUAACUUGGAGUCGCUUAUAAAAAAUACGCGAGGCAUCGAGGCGCGUUCACAUAAUAUUUUAUAAAAUAUUACUAUGAUAAAACUGUUAUUAUCACAGCAGUUAAAUAUGCCCUAUUAAUUAUUAUAAAUAAAUGUAAAAGGUAUUAAGUGAUAUUCGUAACUACAUAAAAUAAUAAAAUAAAAUAAACACUAAAGUUAUUUUAAAACGACUGUGAUAUUUAAACGAUCUUGUGACAUUCAAUUUACUACACACGAAUUUAUUAUUAUGAUGGUAAUGAUAAAUAAUAAUAAAAGUUGAUAAAUAAUUAUUUAUUGAUAAUUAAAUUGAAUGUCGGGGAGCGAAAAAUGGAGCUCGACAGUUCAUUGUGGAGCUGGCUGAUGAUAACAAAUUUAAAAAUGAUAACAGAAGAAUAUUGAGUCGUUAAUGAUAAUACAGAGUUAAAUAAUUAAACGAAAAAUAAAUAAAUAAAUCAAGGAAAUGAAAUUUGAAAAAAAA